GGCUGCCUCCAUUUCCUCAAGGAAGGUUCCUCGGCGCUCUCCCUCCCCCACAGCGUAGCGGCGCGCGAGCGGGCCGGGCGGGCGGCCGAGUGCUGUGUUCAAAGGCUUUCGGUGCGCACGGGAGGACCCGCCACCGUAAAUAAGCAUAUGGGCGACUAACAGGAAGUUUUCCCAGAGAUAACUUCACCAAGAUGUCCAGUGAUAGGCAAAGGUCGGAUGAUGAGAGCCCCAGCACCAGCAGUGGCAGUUCAGAUGCAGACCAGAGAGAUCCUGCCGCUCCAGAGCCUGAGGAACAGGAAGAAAGAAAACCUUCUGCCACCCAGCAGAAGAAAAACACCAAACUCUCUAGCAAAACGACUGCUAAGUUAUCCACUAGUGCUAAAAGAAUUCAGAAGGAGCUAGCCGAGAUCACCCUUGAUCCCCCUCCUAACUGCAGUGCUGGGCCUAAAGGAGAUAACAUUUAUGAAUGGAGAUCAACUAUACUUGGUCCACCUGGUUCUGUAUAUGAAGGUGGUGUUUUUUUUCUGGAUAUCACAUUUUCUUCAGAUUAUCCAUUUAAGCCACCAAAGGUUACUUUCCGUACCAGAAUCUAUCACUGCAACAUCAACAGUCAGGGAGUCAUCUGCCUGGAUAUUCUGAAAGACAACUGGAGCCCUGCCUUGACCAUUUCUAAGGUGUUGCUGUCUAUUUGUUCCCUUUUGACAGAUUGCAACCCUGCGGAUCCUCUGGUUGGAAGCAUAGCCACUCAGUAUUUGACCAACAGAGCAGAACAUGACAGGAUAGCCAGACAGUGGACCAAGAGAUACGCAACAUAAUUCAUAUAAUUUGUAUGCAGUGUGAAGGAGCAGAAGGCCUCUUCCCACUGUGCUGCGGAUCUUUAUAGCCUUUACAGUACGGACUUCUGUGUAUAUGUUAUACUGAUCCUACUCUUGCCUUUAUCCUUUGGAGACUGGGAGACUCCCCCAAAAGGUAAAAGCUACCAAGAGUAGAACUUUGUAGCUGUAGAUUAGUUAUGUUUAAAAUGCCUACUUGCAAGUCUUGCUUCUUUGGGAUAUCAAAAUGUAUUUUGUGAUGUACUAAGGAUACUGGUCCUGAAGUCUACCAAAUAUUAUAGUGCAUUUUAGCCUAAUUCAUUAUCUGUAUGAAGUUAUAAAAGUAGCUGUAGAUGACUAGGAAUUAUGUCAUUUGUAUUAAGGCCCAGAUCUAUUUCUGAGUAUGUGGUUUAUGCUGUUGUGAAAAUGUUUUACCUUUGUCAGUUUGUAAUGAGAGGAUUUCCUUCUACCCUUUGUAGCUCAGAGAGCACUGAUGUAUCAUCUCAAACACAAUAAACAUGCUCCUGAAGGCA